CGUGAGAUGCGUGACCACGCCCACGGGGCCUUUUCCAUGGCUCCUCGCCGCUCCCCCCGCCUCCAUCCCUCGGGAUCCUCCUCUGGAUCCUCCUCUGGCCCCGCUCCAGGAUCAGCAGCUCAGAGCAACUCCCCCAGCUCCUCCCAGAGCUCGGAAUUGCUGACAGAUCCCAGCUCUGGCAGCGACUUCGAGGCCUCUCUGCGCCCCCGGGGCAAACGGGGCCCCCCUAGAGGAGCCACCAGGAGCCAGCUCCCGAAGCGCUCUCGCCUCUCCAGCGAGGAUGGACCAGACCUGGAGAACAAUUCCCUUUUCCAGGCUGUUUAUUCAGGAAAAGUGGCCAUGGAGACCGUGGUGGACGAGUGGCUGGAGUGGUACCGGCGCGAGCGCGAGGCGGCGUUCGUGGAGCUGCUGAAUUUCAGUGUCAGGGCCUGUGGCUGCCAGGGUGUGGUGACCCCGGAGAUGUUCCGGGAGCUGCAGAAUUCCGAGAUCAUCCGGAGGCUGACGGAGAACUUCCAGGAGGACUCUCCCCUCUAUCCCCUGUCCCAGCGCUCCCAGCCCUGGCGCCGGUUCUGCUCGGGGUUCUGUGAGCGCUGA